ACAUCCAAUGAAUACAUCUAUAUAACUCAAUUACUUGGUGUCAUAAGUGAAAUUGAAAAUAUCCUUCUGAUCAAACAAUUAUUGAAUGAAGAUGAAUCAAAGAUACUACGAAAGAUGAUCGAAGCUACUCCUAUGAUGAAAUUGUAUAAACGAAAUGUCCAGGAGUUUAUCUUGAAAUUGGUUAAGUUUAAUCGAUUUGAUCAGUUUCUUCAAACAAGAUUUCAAAUAUCAUUAUCUGAUUUAAGAUUAAGUCUUAAUGUAUCAUCAUCAUCAUCUCAUAAGAAUACUUCUAGUUAUCUACCCUUUCCAUUUAAACGACUGGAGAAAGAAUCAACUGAACCAAGUAAAAGUUGGUUUAGUAGAACUACCACUAUACCUGAUUCAAGACAAUUACAUUCACCACCAUUAUCCCCACCUAUAUUACCACCAUCAUCAACUAUUAUACCGACAGAUUUAAUAAAGAAGAAUCAAGAGAUUGAAAGAUUACAAUUCCAAAAUAAAAGUUUAGAAGCUACCAUACGAACUAAAGAAAGUCGAAUCCUUGAAUUACAAAAGGAAAUCAUCACUAUCAAUAAACAUACCAAUAAUAUCGAGCAACAACUUCAUAAACGACCUGAUCAAAACAAUGUUAGUAAAUUAUUACAACGGAUUAAAGAUAAAGAUGGGAGUAUUAAAGAUUUACAACUAUUAUGUGAAGAGUAUCGUCAGGAAAUAAGUGAUUUAAAACAAGCUCAAACUUUAAAACAACCAAUGAUUGAUGAAUUGAUUAAAAAUGUAACUAAACAAGAUAGUUUGAUCCAUCAAUUACAACAAAAACUACAAUUAGAUCAAAAGUCAUCUUCAUCUCCUCAAAUAAACUCCUUCUUAUUGAACUUACCAUUCAUUAAACAAUAUUACUUUUUGUUAAAGUAUAAACAAGAUCAUAAGAAUUGGGGAUUAAUCAUGAUAAACAUCCUUACGUUGAUCCUAUCCAUGAUUAUAUUAUUGAAUGGAUUACAAUUUGUAUUAUAUGUAACAUUAUGGAUCUUUACUACCAGGGUUAAUCCAUCAGCUUACGUUUAUGAUGAUUAUGGAGAUAGUGUAUUCAGUUUAACUUCAACGUUUGAAUGGUGGAAAGAGAUUGAAUGGUUAGAGUACUUAGUUUAUAAUCUUGAAGAUUAUCUAUGGCAAUGAAUAUAGGGAAUACAAAUGAUGAUGAUGAUUUUAAAGAUAAACCGAUUCAUUAAAAAAUUAUACAAGAUUAAAUAAAAUGCUAAUAAUAAAUA